GGGUUCUCUCUACCUCGCCUACACCAACUUUAAGAGCAGUCGACUUGGACCUGACAUGAGCUGCGUCAGAGCGAACAGAAUCGCCAUGAACGAACCAAAUCAAGAAGUCGCUCAUAACGUCACGUAUUACGACAGGACCGCCGAGAAAACCAUGAGCUUGACAAAGGUGUAUCGCGCUAUCAGCUCGGAGGGUUACACCACAAAAAAUAUUCUUAUAUCAACAGUUCCAAGGGAGGGGAACAAUAUUUACGCAGUCGCAUAUGCUGGUCCGGAGUGUGCCAUAUUGCGAGACGACGGAAACAGUAAUGGUACUUUCAAGGCCUGCGAACUCUGGGUGCGCGAGAGCCCUUCGAAGAAUCCGGCACCGUGUUGCGACUUUAUCUUCGACCUUCUGUGCUCCACUGGUUACAAGUUGAUAACGUAUUACGAACCGGUUUGCACGGCCGAUGAUGAACAAUAAACAGGGCU